AUGGCUUAUCCAAUCCGAUCGAAUAAGGGGGAUGCUAGUGGCCUCAAGACAUCCAUAUCAGUGGCUCCUCGUAUUUUAACCGGUGCCAGGCGCCAGGAAAGCUGCCGAGCGGAGAAUGUGAAGGUCGAAACGCAGCAAGGGACGAAGCAGAUUAUACCUUCAGCAAGCAUAUUAUGGGUGAUGAUCCUGGAUCCACCUAUCGAAUCGCUGCAGGUUGUUCUGCCGAAUUCGAGAAGACUUGUUAACUGCAUUCGCAAAGUGCGGAGCGUCGAAGUUGCGGAUGUUGGGGAAGAGAUUAAUUCCCUAAAGGCCACAGCGCUCAAUAAUACUUUGCAUUCCUGUAAGGAGGAAUCGCGGUAA